GUUUAUGCUCAAAAUCUAUGUUUGUUAGCCAAGUGUUUCCUUGAUCACAAAACUCUGUAUUAUGAUACUGACCCGUUUUUGUUUUAUGUUAUGACAGAAUUAGAUAAUAGUGGAUUUCAUAUUGUUGGAUACUUUUCAAAGGUUAGAAAAGAAUCUACUGAGGAUUAUAAUGUAGCUUGUAUUUUAACACUUCCUCCAUACCAGAGAAAAGGAUAUGGAAAAAUGCUUAUAGAAUUCAGUUAUGAGCUUUCAAAAUUUGAAGGUAAAACUGGUUCUCCGGAGAAACCCCUUUCAGACUUAGGUCUACUCUCCUAUAGAAGUUACUGGUCUGAAACCAUUUUAGAAAUUCUAGUCAAUGUUAAACCACUGGAAACAGGAGAAAGACCUCAGAUAACAAUUCAAGAAAUAUCGGAGCAAACAAGUAUAAAAAAGGAAGAUGUGAUAUCCACGCUACAGUACCUUAAUUUGAUUCAUUACUACAAAGGACAAUAUAUUAUUACUUUGACCAAAGAAGUACUAGAGGCAUAUCAUAGAGCUGCUGCAAAGCGAAUAAUACGUAUAGAUUCACAAGCAUUACACUGGACUCCAAAAGAUUGGUCAAAAAGAGGAAAAUGGUGAUCUAUAUGCAUUAAAAUAGUACAAAUUCCAAAAUGUUAAGAGUUAACUGACAAAUGUAACAUUACAUAACAACUGUAACAUGAACUUAGACCGGCUGAAAAUUGCUGUCUUCAAAGUGCCAUAAUCGGAUUUUAUUGUUAUGGUUUGUAUAUAUUGUAUCUUUGUUAUUUUGUGAUGUUAAUUAAUAGUGAAAGUGAUAUACAUGUGCUGUACUAAUUUAUUGUUACCUUAAGUUGAACAUUAAAUCUAGUUCUGUGUUU